AUGUCUGAGACCACAAAACCCGCUGCUCCCGGCCAGGCUGCGGAUGACAAGGAGAAGGCAGCUCCUGCUCCAACCCCAUCCCUCGACCCUGCUCCUGUCGCAAACAGCAAGGGCGAGGAGCCCUCCCCAGAAGCCUUCAGGCCUGCCCUCCCUGUGCAUGCCUGUCCUCAUCCAACCCUUUCCUUGCACCCCCAGAUUGUUGUCUUUGACCAGGAGAACUUCCAGGGCAGGCAGAUGGAGUUCACCGCCGAGUGCCUGAACCUGGCUGACCGUGGCUUCGACCGGGUGCGCAGCGUCAUUGUCACCUCCGGACCCUGGGUGGCCUACGAGCAGGCCAACAUGCGUGGGGAGAUGUUCAUCCUGGAGAAGGGCGAGUACCCUCGCUGGGACACCUGGUCCAGCAGCUACCGGAGCGACUGCUUCAUGUCCAUGCGUCCCAUCAAAAUGGAGGCUGAGGACCACAAAAUCUCCCUCUACGAGUCUGCUGACUUCAAGGGCAAUAAGAUGGAAAUCCAGGAGGACGACGUGCCCAGCCUCUGGGCUUAUGGCUUCUGCGACCGCGUGGGCAGCGUGCAGGUGCCCAGUGGAACUUGGGUCGGGUACCAGUACCCUGGCUACAGAGGCUACCAGUACCUCUUUGAGACCGGAGACUUCCGACACUGGAAUGAGUGGUCUGCCUUCCAGCCCCAGAUCCAGUCCAUCCGCCGCAUCCGGGACAUGCAGUGGGACCAGAAGGGCACCUUUGUCACCCCCGACGCGCCCUCUGACUGAGCGUGCUGCCUGCUAGCUACGAGUCCCGGGCCCCGUGGGGCACCCCC